AUGGCUAAGAGCAAGUCCUUGAACGUUGUUUUAGUUUCUGUUGAGGGAGAACGGUUUACUGUUGAAAGAAAGAUCGCCGAAAGGUCUUUGUUGUUGAAGAAUUAUCUAAAUGACAUGCACGACAGCGAGUUGCAUGAGAAUAGCGAUUCUGACAAUGAAGACGAUGAAGAAGAUGAAGACGAUGAAAUUGUGAUGCCUGUGCCCAAUGUGAGGUCGUCCGUGUUACAAAAAGUUAUCGAAUGGGCGGAACAUCACAAGGAUUCCAAUUUCCCAGACGAAGAGGACGACGACUCGAGAAAAUCUGCUCCUGUAGACUCAUGGGACCGUGAGUUUCUGAAAGUCGACCAGGAAAUGCUGUACGAGAUCAUGCUUGCGGCCAACUACCUGAACAUCAAGCCGCUUUUGGACGCAGGUUGUAAAGUUGUGGCGGAGAUGAUCCGUGGCAGAACGCCGGAAGAAAUAAGAAGGACUUUCAACAUUGUGAACGAUUUCACGCCAGAAGAGGAAGCCGCCAUUCGUCGUGAAAACGAAUGGGCCGAGGACAGGUAG